CAACCAAAUCUCUCUUCUGAGUUAGGGAUCUUCUCAGAGUUUUUUCUUCUCGUUGACCCGAUCGAUAUUUGUUUUUUUUUUGGGGUCGCAGAGGAUUUUUUUAACAAGUGAUCGGCUCCGAUUUCUCUACGUUGAUGGCGGAUUCUUCUUCUCCUGCAGAUUCGUGUUUCAAAGGAGGAAAAUUUAGCGCACCAGGGUUUCGAUUCCAUCCCACCGAUGAGGAGCUGGUGAUGUAUUAUCUCAAGAGGAAGAUCUGUAAAAAAAGGCUUAGAGUCAAUGUCAUCGGCGUUGUUGAUGUUUACAAAAUGGAUCCUGAGGCAUUGCCUGGACAAUCGGUGUUGAAGACGGGAGAUAGACAGUGGUUCUAUUUCACUCCAAGGAACAGGAAGUAUCCAAACGCAGCUAGAUCAGGCAGAGGCACCGCGACUGGGUAUUGGAAAGCUACAGGGAAAGAUCGAAUCAUCGUGUACAACUCGAGACCGGUUGGGCUCAAAAAGACUCUUGUUUUCUAUAGAGGCCGUGCGCCUAACGGCGAGCGCACCGACUGGGUGAUGCACGAGUACACGAUGGAUGAAGAAGAGCUCAUGAGAUGCAAGAACGUCAAGGACUAUUAUGCUCUUUAUAAGCUGUUCAAGAAAAGUGGGGCUGGACCCAAGAAUGGUGAAGAGUAUGGUGCUCCUUUUCAAGAAGAAGAUUGGGUUGAUGAUGAUAAUGAAGAUGGGAAUGAAGUUGCUGUACCAGAGGAGCCUGUUGUUCGUUAUGAGGAUCCUCGUCGUGCUGAUGGUGGUAGAAUUUUCAAUCCUGUUAAUAUUCGGUUAGAUGAUAUCGAGGAGCUUCUCAGAGAAAUCCCAGAUGCACCUGGGGUUCCUCAAAGAUGUAUUAAUGGCCUUGCUGCUAGUAUUCCACAGGUUAAUAGUGAAGAAGAGCUGCAGAGCACGUUGGUGAAUGAUUCUGCUAAAGUGUUUCUUCAACCCCAGGAAACCGGAGAGUUUUUGCCAAACGGCCUCCCAUACAAAAGACCCUCAAGUUUUGAGUCUAUUGAGGUCACGUCAGCUCCCAAGAACGCUCUGGUGUUUGAGAAGGAGGAUUACAUUGAAAUGGAUGAUCUUCUGAUCCCUGAACUCAGAGCUUCUGAAACUGAGAAACCCGCACAGUUCUUGAAUCAUGGUGAAUAUGGAGACUUUAAUGACUUUGACCAAUUGUUCCAUGACGUUUCCAUGUCUUUGGAUAUGGAACCUAUUGUUCAAGAAACUUCUACAGGUCCCUCGUUUUUAGCUGACAUCUCAUCUGACCAGAAACAGCAAUUCGUUUAUCAACAGUUCCAGGACCAGAACCCCGAGAACCAGCUGAACAACAUCAUGGAUCCUAGCUUAAAUCAGUUCACUGACGAUAUGUGGUUUAACGCUGAUGAUCAAGCUAUUCUCUUUGAUCAGCCACAAUCUAUUUCUGGAGCAUUGGCUUCACCCUCAUCAGGUGUGAUUCCCGGUUCCACAAAUCCAACUGUGAGUAUAAAUCCCCAAGACCAGGAGGGCGGAAACGAUGGUGGAACAAGCCCGUUCUCAUCGGCUCUGUGGGCAUUUAUGGAUUCAAUACCUUCAACGCCAGCCUCUGCGUGUGAAGGUCCUCUUAAUCGAACCUAUGUGCGUAUGUCUAGCUUCAGCCGCAUCAGGUUCAGUGGAAAGGCUAAUGGAACGCCAGUUACUGCUACUACUACUAGUACCAUAGCUAAGAAGCAGAGCAGAAACAGAGGCUUUCUUCUGUUAUCAGUUGUGGGUGCCUUGUGUGCCAUCUUCUGGCUGUUCAUAGCCACAGUUCGAGUCUCGGGGAGACCCGUCAUCUCGUGAAAGGUGGUUCUUCGUGAACUAAAAGAUUCUUAAUUAUAAGUAAGUUAGAAGAUAACAUGAUCCACGCUAGUUAGUGGUCAUGGGAUUAUUGACCUAUUCUAAUAUAUAUAUAUAUGAGUCUUUGAAUAUGUACAGAGUUUGAAAGAGUAAAGAAUUCUGUUCGCUUA